AACAACACAAACACACGUUGAGCAGGCUGCGACGGUGUGCUUUCGGAUGAGCGCCGAAAAACGGUUCUCACACAGUAUGACAGGAUGUAGCAGUGGCGAGCGAAAGAAGAAGAAAAGCUUGUGAUAGAGUGCGAUGUGACAGAGGGCCGGAGGUGUAGCCUAGAUAUGAGAGUGACCAGAGCAAGGACAGGCACAGAUGCUGAUCGUAGCGCGAGUACCCACGGCAGGUUAUAAUGACAGCACCACGGCUGGCGAUUCUAUCCUGAUUUACGCAUUUGCUCCAAAGGCUUUUUUGUUGAUGCAACACUGUAUUUUUACGCACUAACCUAACUCUGACUGACACGGUUCAGAGACUUUUGCACAUAGGGAAAAACGGAAAGAAAGAGGAUAGAAUGGUGAGCCAAAACGACUGCUCGGUGAAGGUCUCUUUAAGGAUCCGUCCCCAGAUGGUGAAGGAGAAGAUCGAGGGCUGUCACGUGUGUACACUUGUAACCCCCGGGGAACCCCAGGUGUUGCUGGGUAAAGACAAGGCCUUCACGUACGACUUUGUGUUCGACAUCGACUCGGCACAGAAACAGAUCUAUGCUGCUUGCGUCCACAAACUCAUCGAGGGCUGCUUCGAUGGAUAUAACGCUACUGUGUUCGCCUACGGACAGACGGGCUCAGGGAAGACGUACACCAUGGGGACGGGGUUCGAUGUGCAGGAGGAGGAGGAGGAGCGGGGCAUUGUUCCACGGGCUGUUCACCAUCUGUUCCUGGGCAUCCAGGAGAGGAAGACACAGGCCCGGCACCAGGGCACACACCCUCCUGAGUUUAAAGUCAGUGCUCAGUUCCUGGAGCUGUAUAACGAGGAGAUCCUAGAUCUGUUUGACGGAGCCAGAGACCCAGACUGUAAGAACAGGAAGUCUAAUAUUAAGAUCCACGAGGACGGCAGCGGCUCCAUCUACACCAGCGGAGUCACCUCACGACUCGUCAACUCUGAGGAAGAGCUGUUAGAAUGUCUGAAGUUGGGAGCGUUGUCCCGGACCACGGCCAGCACCCAGAUGAAUGCUUCCAGUUCCAGGUCUCACGCCAUCUUCACCAUCAACCUCUGUCAGAUGAGAGUCUGCCAACAAACUGAGGAGAAUGGAGGAGUGAACGCAGAGCUGAACGGAGAGGUGAACGGAGGAGUGAACGCAGAGCUGAACGAUGUAGGAGGAGGAGAUGGAGGGUCUAUAGCCAAGCCUGAAUACGAGACUCUGAUGGCCAAGUUUCACUUUGUGGACUUGGCUGGAUCAGAGAGACUGAAACGCACCGGAGCGACAGGAGAGAGGGCACGAGAGGGCAUAUCCAUCAACUGUGGACUGCUGGCCUUGGGGAAUGUGAUCAGUGCUCUGGGGGACCAGGCUAAGAAAGGAGGCCAUGUUCCAUACAGAGACUCUAAACUCACACGUCUUCUACAGGACUCACUGGGAGGAAACAGUCGUACGGUGAUGAUAGCGUGUGUGAGUCCAUCUGACCGGGACUUCAUGGAGACCCUGAACACACUGAAGUAUGCUAACAGAGCCAGGAACAUCAAGAACAAGGUGAUGGUGAACCAGGACAAGACCUCCCAGCAGAUAUCUGCCCUCAGGGCUGAGAUCGCCAGGCUACAGAUGGAACUGAUGGAAUAUAAAGGGGGUAAGCGUGUGAUGGGUGAGGAUGGCUUGGAGGGCUUCAGUGAUCUGUUCCAGGAAAACUCAAUGUUACAGAGAGAAAACGACACGCAACGCAUGAGAGUCAAAGCUAUGCAGGAGACCAUCGACCACCUCAACACACGCGUCACCACACUCCUUGCCAACAACGUCAGCACGCUCCUCGCCAAGUCAGGUGAGGGCAACGAGGAGAUUGGUGCGCUGAUCCAGAACUACAUCAGAGAGGUUGAGGAGCUGAGAUCCAAGCUCCUGGAGAGCGAGGCAAUGAACGAGUGUCUUCGUCGCAGUGUGACCCGUCUCUCUUCCCGCUCGCCGUUCCCUUCCUCCUCCCAUAGCUCCACCCUCGGGCCACACCCCUUAGGCUCCUCUCCCCAUUCCCUGUCAAUGGAGGCAGAGAUGACGGACGUGAUUCGCCGAGCCAAGAUGGACAUUGAGAGGCUGAAGAAGAAGGAGAGGAGACAGAGGAGGAUGAGCCCAGAGAAAGAGAAGGGGUUUAAGAAACAAGUGAAGCUUCCCUCUCAUGAGAACGGACAGGACGGACAGAUGGACUCUGAAGAGAACUACACAGAGGACGGACAGGACGGACAGAUGGACUCUGAAGAGAACUACACAGAGGACGGACAGGACGGGAUGUCCCCUCUGCAGGAGGAGAGUGGGUGUGAUGAGGAGGAGGAGAGGGAUGAAGAUGAGUUUGACAGUGAUGAGAGUCUGGUGGACUCAGACUCUGACUCUGAUGAGAAAGCUAACUUCCAGGCGGAUCUGGCAGACCUGACGUGUGAGAUUGAGAUCAAGCAGAAGUUGAUCGAUGAGCUGGAGAACAGUCAGAAGAGACUGCUGCAACUCAAACUACAGUACGAAGAGAAACUCAUCCUGCUGCAGAACAAGAUCAGAGACACACAGCUGGAGAGAGACAGAGUACUACACAACCUCAUGUCCAUGGAGAACUACACGGAGGAGAAGGCUAGCAGGAUCAAGUCAGAUUAUGAGAAGAGGCUAAAGGAGAUGAACAGAGACCUGAUGAAGCUACAGGCGGCUCAGAAGGAACACGCGAGGCUACUGAAGAACCAGGGACGCUAUGAACGAGAGCUGAAGAAUCUAGAGCAGGAGGUCAACGAGAUGAAGAAAGCCAAGGUGGCGCUGAUGAAGCAGAUGAAGGAGGAGCAGCUGAGGAGGAGGAUGGUGGAAGCCAAGAGGAACAGAGAGAUCGCUCAGCUCAAGAAGGAGCAGCGAAGACAGGAGUACCAGAUUAGGUCGUUGGAGAGUCAGAAGUGUCAGCAGGAGCUUGUCUUACGUAGAAAGAGUCAGGAGGUGACAGCGUUACGACGGCUGGCUAAACCCCUGUCUGGACGCAUGGCUAGACGUUUACAGCCCCCAGACUCUGGAGCUGAACUGUCUCCCAGCACCACCUCCUCUGAACCAGAGUCCAACAGGACCACUCCAACCAAUGUGUCUAACAUAGUGAGACAGUGGAACACCAAGAUGAACGGCUACCUGGGACAGAGCGAAGGGGUGACCACCAACGGGACACGGGUUGUUGGGAGUAGGACUCGUGUCCAGCAGGGUAAGGGGGUUCUGAGGGGUAGUAGCAGUUUCACCAAGGCAGCCCGUCAGAAGUGGCAAACACUGGAGAGGAGGAUCCUGGACAUCGUCAUGCAGAGGAUGACCAUCACUAACGUAGAGGCCGACAUGGACCGACUCAUCAAGAAGCGUGAGGAGCUGUCCUUGCAGCAGGAGGCACUGUUGCGUAAGAGGGAGGUGCUAAUGGCGGAGGGGGAGGGGCCUGACACAGAGGACCGCCUUGUCCAGGAAAUGAACGAGGACAUUGAGGUUUUGAACGCAAACAUUGACUAUAUCAACGACAGCCUAUCAGACUGCCAAGCUACCUUCAUACAGAUAGAGGAAACCAAGGAGGAGCUGGACUCAGUCGACACCUCAGUGGUCAUCAGCUCCUGCUCUCUGGCCGAGGCCCGGCACCUGCUGGACCACUUCCUCAAGGCCUCCAUUGACAAGGGGUUACAGGUGGCUCAGAAGGAGUCUCAGAUCCGUCUGUUGGAGGGUCAGCUGAGACAGACAGAUGUGAUUGGCUCUGCCCACAAUCACAUCAUCCUGGAUGCGCUGAGAGAGAAGGCUGAGUGUAUCCCUGAGCUGCAGGCACUCAUCCACAACGUACAGCAGGAGAAUGGUUAUGUCAGCACUGAUGAGGAGCCGUCAGAAUUUACCCAGGCCUCGGAUGGCAGUGUGUGUCAGAUGAAGUCUUCAGCCAGUCAGGAUGACUUCAAGAUGAAGGUCCAGACGGAGCCUCGUCUGUCAGCCCAGAUGAAGGCGGUAUCAGCAGAGUACCUGUGUCCCGUGUUAGACCCCUCUACUAAGAACAUUACUAAGUCCCUGGCCUCCCUGACAGACAUCCUGGAGAACGGGACCAGUAUGAGCGGCCUGAGCCUCACCCUCCCUAUCUUCAGAGACCGGAUGUCCAGGACCAUCAACCUGCCCGUCAGGGGGCACACCUUCCCCAGACAGUCUCACGGUGAUGACACCUCCCCUCUAACAAGGAGGAAGUCUUAUCACCGAGGCCAGGCUUCCAGAAAUGCUGAUGGGUUCACUCCCCCCUCCUCCCCCCCUCUUAGAACCCGGAACGACCGCAAUGUCUUCUCAAGGCUCACCAGCAACCAGAGUCAGGGCUCUGCACUGGACAAGUCAGAUGACAGCGACUCCUCUCACUCUGAGGUUCUCAGGGGUGUGAUCAGUCCCACGGGGGGUGUGAAGGGAGGGCGGACUGCGCCCCUCCAGUGUUCUGCCGUGGCAGAGGGACACUCUAAACCUGUCCUCUGUGUGGACGCUACAGAUGAACUGCUCUUUACGGGAUCUAAGGACCAGACGUGUAAGAUGUGGAACCUGGUGACGGGACAGGAGAUCGUCACGUUGAAAGGCCAUCCCAACAAUGUGGUGUCAGUCAAAUACUGUUCCUCCUCCUGCCUCGUCUUCUCAGUCUCCACCUCAUACAUCAAGGUCUGGGACAUACGAGACUCCGCCAAGUGUGUCCGCACCCUCACGUCUUCAGGCCAGGUGAUAUCGGGGGAUGCGUGUGCUGGCACCACCACCCGUACCAUCACGGUGGCACAGGGUGAAUACCAGAUGAAUCAGAUCGCCCUCAACCCCUCUGGCUCUGUCCUCUAUGCUGCCGCUGGCAACACCGUACGCACCUGGGACCUCACCAGGAUGACGGCGUUAGGCAAGCUGACAGGUCACAUAGGUUCAGUGAUGUGUCUGACUGUAGGUCAGUCUGUACAGGGCAGAGACCAGGUGGUCACCGGCUCCAAGGACCACUACGUCAAGGUGUUUGAUGUGGCAGAGGGCAUGCUGGGUAAUGUAGGCCCAUCCCAUAACUUUGAGCCUCCUCACUACGACGGGAUCGAGUGUCUGGCCAUCCAGGGAGACGUGCUGUUCAGCGCGUCACGAGACAACGGCAUCAAGAAGUGGGAUCUGGAGCAACAAGAACUCACACAGCAAAUCCCUAAUGCCCAUAAGGACUGGGUGUGUGCACUGGCCUAUGUUCCAGGUCGGCCCAUGCUGCUGAGUGCAUGUCGGGGGGGCAUGGUGAAGGUGUGGAACGUUGACAACUUCACCCCCAUAGGAGAGGUCAGGGGCCACGAGAGCCCUAUCAACGCCAUCUGCACCAACUCACGACACAUCUUCACCGCUUCCAGUGACUGCAGGGUGAAGUUAUGGAGCUAUGUCCCGGGUUUGACCCCCUGUCUACCUCGACGGGUUCUGGCCAUCAAGGGUCGCGCUACCAGCCUCCCGUGAGCCUUCACUCCAGCUCACAACCUCGCCUCUGUUCUCCUCUGUGAUAUGACAGUGAAGAUCUGGUCAGCGAAGGAGGGGAAAAAGAGGUGACGGUCGAGCGGAGCGUUAGUGUGACAUCAUCAUCAGUGGCCAUCUUUUACUGAGGGUCUUCACCCCUGAACUCUGACCCUCACACCUCAGCCAAUCAGGUGUGACACGACAGGACGUCAUGGUUACCAAUCAUUACCGGGACGACUAAAGUUUUGAUGGCAUGUGUGGUCGCAAAGUUUACUCUCCUCUGAAAAAAAAAACAUAUUAGGAGUGUCUUGAACUGAAAUGCAAAACAGCGAAGUUUGAUCGUUUUUUGCCUUUUCUUGUUUCAACUACCAAUCCCUCUCUAAGUGCCAUUGAGAUGUGAUGUGAUUUGGACAAGAUAAAACCUUUCCUGUGCCAGAUAAUGCCUGUCUGUCUGAGGGACGUCCGUAGACACAGAGCUACAGACUGAAUGAACUGCUUCUAUUUAAUACUCCUUCAAUAAGAACCAGGACUCCAGGAAGUGAACGGACCCAGGGAGAGCACCAUUCCUGAGCUGACUGGACACUUCCAGAGAGGAGGGCUGUUACUGUUUCAUUCUCUGGUCUGAGUGCAUUUCAUGUGUUUGAUACCAUUCCAUUGAUUCCGUUCCAGCCGUUACAAUGAGACGUCUUUCCCAAUUAAGGUUCCACCGGCCUACUGCGGUGUCUCAGUGUACACUACACAGUAGGUAAACCUCAGAGAGGACUGAGGUGUCUCAGUGUACACUACACAGUAGGUAAACCUCAGAGAGGACUGUGGUGUCUCAGUGUACACUACACAGUAGGUAAACCUCAGAGAGGACUGAGGUGUCUCAGUGUACACUACACAGUAGGUAAACCUCAGAGAGGACUGAGGUGUCUGGUGUACACUACACAGUAGGUAAACCUCAGAGAGGACUGAGGUGUCUGGUGUACACUACACAGUAGGUAAACCUCAGAGAGGACUGAGGUGUCUCAGUGUACACUACACAGUAGGUAAACCUCAGAGAGGACUGAGGUGUCUGGUGUACACUACACAGUAGGUAAACCUCAGAGAGGACUGAGGUGUACUGUACACAAUAUACAGUAGGUUUGUUACAACCACUGAACAGUUUGUUGAGUUCAUCUCAGCCCUGUGUGGUUCCUGUGUCUUCUUCUCUGAAAGAGCCCUAAUGACAUCACCACUGUCACCAGUCCUGUUUGGAACACACACACACACACACACACACACACACACACACACACCGCCGUACUGUCAUCAGACUAGGAGUGCUUACUCUAGCAAGAAUACAUGAAUACACACAUAGGCAGGAUUAUAAGCACACAGAAACACACAUACACACACACACACACACACACACACACACACACACACACACACUAUCUCCUCCACCCCUACCAAGCAGUCACUCCACAAGGGCCAAAGUUCCAGAUCAUUAUCUCUCUUGUCUUUAUCGAGCCUGAAUCUGCCUCCCUCCCAGGUGCCACCGUAGUCCCUAUAUAGGGCACUACUUUUGACCAGGGCCAACAGGGCUCUAGGGCCAACAGGGCUCUAGGGCCAACAGGGCUCUAGGGCCAACAGGGCUCUAGGGCCAACAGGGCUCUAGGGCCAACAGGGCUCUAGGGCCAAUGGGGCUCUAGGGCCAACGGGGCUCUAGGGCCAACGGGGCUCUAGGACAACGGGGCUCUAGGACAACGGGGCUCUAGGACAACAGGGCUCUAGGACAACAGGGCUAUAGGACAACAGGGCUCUAGGACAACAGGGCUCUAGGGACAACAGGGCUCUAGGACAACAGGGCUCUAGGACAACAGGGCCAACAGGGCUCUGGGGCCAACAGGGCUCUAGGACUAGGACAGGGCUCUUGAAAGUAGCAGACUAUGUUGGAAAUAAGGUUGCAAUUUAGGAGGCAAACCCUCUCUCUCUCCACACUUCAAUAAGCACCAUGCAAAUCACCAUCUCAACCUCUCCCCUCUCCUCUUCCCCAGUGAGUCUGAUAUGCGGUGUGCUUCCUCUUUGAGCUUAUUAGGGGUUCAGCAGCGAAGCUAUAUCAAGCCAUUUGAAAAAAAAAACCUUUGAAAGCUCAUGCCCCUGACUCCUCGUUUGAGCUUCAGACAUUUGGUAUGUAGGUCCCUCUCCUCACAAGGGAAAUGAUUGCCUCAAGGACCAUGAUGGAUUUUCCGCCAUUUUGAAUGUUGUGAAUAACAUUUCGAUCUGUCAAAACUUGACAUCUUUCAUCUAUGGGUCCAAGGUCUCUCAAUGCACUAUUUUCCCAGGCUAAUAUGUCAAGCAACGAUGUGGUCUCACACAUAAAUGACUAUAAAUCAGUCACGGAUAUUCCUAUUUUAAUCAAACUUUGUACACAUGUUGCAAACACUGUCAAGACUCAACAUAUAUGACCGCCCGGCUUGAUUCGAUCGUACGUAGCAAAAUUUGAAAUGGUGUUUUUUACAUUGGAUAAAAGUAGAGACUCCGAGCUAUAAAAUAGUAUAUCAUACAGUGUAGUUGAGGAACAAUGAGAAAGUAAUUCUGCUUUGAAAGUUGAUAAACUGGUAACCUCACUUUUGAGAAAAUGGCCCUUGAAUGUUUUGGUACACCUACUGGAGAGGUCUUUUUUUGUCUACACCCAUUCAGCAUCAUUCACACCCUCUGAAGCAUUAGCCCCGCCCAUCUCUUUAAGGAUUCACAUUUGAGGCUCUGUGUCACGUGUGCUCCCUCUCUGACCUCUAGGUCAGCAGGCUUCUCGUUAGGGCGCACACCUGUCACCAUUGUUACGCGCACCUGCGCAUCAUCAGACUCACCUGGACUCCAUCACUUCCCUGAUUACCUUCCCUAUAUAUUCCACUCACUUUGGUUCCUUCCCUAUAU